UGACUCCACUUCGUGAAAUAUGCAGAGCUCGUCUACUAUCUUCAUAUUCGCCACCGCCGACGCAAGUGCUGUAGAGACCUGCAACCUACUAUUGCAGCCUGUAGAUCUCAUUUCCGCAUCCGCUCAUUGUUCUCUGCGUUCGGACAAGAUGUCUGGAACAUGUAUAGAUAACCUUCCAGACGAUAUACUUGCUGGAAUUCUAUGCCACUCUAAGCACGCGGCUAUGUGGAAAUCCAGCAGCGACAGUUUGUGGGAUUGCGUGGAUUGGAAACCGGAGUAUUUUCGUGCAAGGACGACUCCAGUAACCGAUCCUGCCUCUGCAGACGCUGGGAUAGGAUGUCUCCUCAUGGCCGCGGCUGUGUGUCGUCGAUGGCGACGUAUCGCUCGGUCUCAAGUGUGCACCCUCAUGGUCAUGGUCAGCGAAGAUCGUUGCCUUCCCCUCCAACAUCUAGCACGCGCUGUCGCCUGCUUCUCCAACCUCACCCGUCUCCAUUUGUCUGAGAGCAGAGUGGAGACUCUAAACGACGUCUUCCUCGCUCACCUCGCGGCUUCAUGCCCAAAGCUGAAAGCUGUCUACGUGGGACGCGGUAUCACGCCGCGGUGUAAGGGGAGUAAGGACGAGCACCCGGUAACGGAAGCUGGCUUGGAUCAUUUCUUCCGCCAGUGCACCCAACUUGAGGAACUUUCGCUCUUCUGCCUCCACGAAGAUUUUAUACUGCCGCCUUCCUUCUUCGACCUCGCACAUCUGCACACUCUCGCAGUAACCCAUGCUUCGGUCCUAGACGCUCCGGAUCUGGUGAAGCUGUCGUCUCUCACCUCUCUAUACUACGUUCCCGCCGUUAUAACUUGUGAGCGGCUCAGUAAUCUUGCUCGCGUCACAAGCCUUACCGAGCUGUCAAUGCACGACGACACCCGUCUGGAUCCAGAAGAUGAACACACUGCUGCUCUCGCCAUGGCCACCAUCGCACGGCUGCCUCGCCUCAACUCGUUCAAUUUCCGCCUAAUGUUUCGCUCGGCAUGCACCACUCUCGAACGUCUGCGGGUUUGCGAGUCUCGGACGGCGCAGCCGGACAGCCUCCAGCUCGAGCGGCUUCCUAUUGGCAUAGGAGACCUGCUGCCGUCCCUACGCGAGCUAGCCGUUCUCAAGUGCUGCAGCUUUUCCCAGCUGCCGGAGGAACUCACUUCUCUAAGGCGCUUGGAGAUCUUGAAACUUGUUGACUGCCGGGUUCGCAGCCUGCCCGAAAACUUCGGAAGCCAGCCUGCCCUGAAAGCACUAGUGCUGAGCGAGCUGCUAUUGGCGGAGCUUCCGGAGUCCUUCAGCCAACUGACAUCCCUGGAGACACUGCUCCUCAUUCACUGCCCUGAGGUUCGGCAGCUGCCUGCAGGAUUCUGGUGCCUCACUGCUCUCAAGACCCUGUGCCUCAAGAACCUGUCAAACCUGACGCUUUUAGAAGGCCCUGGAGAGCUCGUGAAUCUGCAUACGUUGAAUCUGGACGGCAAUGAGAACAUGCACGCGAUGCACUACCUGCAAGAGCUGUACAUCUGUUCAUGCGACAACCUUGCCAAUAUCCCGGAGUCUCUGACACUCCUUACCGGUCUUCGGAUCCUGUCUGUGACUCGUUGUAGGCAGCUCUCUUCCGUACCAAGGCGGAUGGACAACCUUACACAGCUCAGUGAGCUGGAUCUGACUCUUUGUCACCAGCUGACAGGAUUUCCUCAGCAUCUGCCAGUCUCCCUCGAUAUCCUAAGGCUGAGCUCCGCCAAGGUGAUUCCUCUGCCAGAUAUUUCCUCGCUGCCCAACCUUACAAGCCUGAUGUUGAUCAUGGCUGGCAUGGAGCAAGGAAACACAGCUUUAGGAGGAUUUUCGCGUCUGGAGCAUUUGGAGCUGUCUCUGGAAGAUGUGCCAGAGCUUUCAUUCCCUGUGCCCUUCUCUCAGCUUCAGACGUUCACAAUUGAGUAUGCUAAUAUGAUGAAACGGUUCCCGGGUGACUUCGGGUUGGCUUUGCAACGGCUGCGAAAGCUGCAAAUCAGCUUUGCUGCGGAAUUGGUGGAGCUUCCAGCGAGUAUCUCUGACCUUCGCCAUCUGUCAUCCCUGGAGAUCGCAAUGGCACCCAAGUUGACUUCCCUUCCUGAUUCCUUGGGUGCCUUAUCCAGGCUGUGUAGACUGGCCUUGAAACAUUGCCCGUCCUUGGAGCUUUUGCCUGAUUCUCUCACCCAGCUUGCCUGCCUCCAGUCGCUGCUUCUAGGGUUCACCUCCAUCCGCUCUCUUCCUCCCAACUUCUCGCAGCUGAAAAGACUUCGGAGACUUCAGUUGUGCGCCUGCAAGCAGCUGCAGGCUCUGCCAGAAGACCUCACAGAGCUUAGGAUGCUGCGGUAUCUUACGAUUGUGGGUUCCAAGCAACUCCUGGAUCGAGAAAAGCACCCCCAUGGCAUCUACAGGAUGUACGGGUUGGAGAUUUUUUCAUGACUAGUUUCCAUGUUUGUUUUGCACUUGCCAUAGUCACUGGUGGUGCUGGCCUGCCACACACUGUUACAUGAAGGACCUCUGUGUUACACUAC